AUGACGGGCGUGGCAAGGAUCAAGCUGCUUAUCCUCUUAACCCUCCUCCUAGCAGGCACAGCUCUCUCGGCUCGCAAGACCAACCCCAAGAAAGUACCCAAGAAUGCAGUCUUGCUUUCCAAGGUCUCUGCUAUCACCGUCCGCGCCGGCAAACAAACCACCUUUCGCCGAGUCUCUCCGGUGCCUCAAUUACAAUGUGUGGGACCCUCGAGAAUAUGCAAGCUAUACACGGUUGAUGUCAUGAGGUGCACCAAUGAGGGCUCUGACUAUGAUGAGAACAACGUGCAGUGGAGCUGCAAAGCUUCCCUUCCGGAUGAAUUCAAGCUCGGAAGCACAGAAGUAACGUGCGAAGGCUACGAGAGCAGCGAAGAUCCAUAUGUCCUCUCGGGAAGUUGCGGUGUCGAAUACACUCUUCUGUUGACCGAGAAGGGCGAGGAAAAGUAUGGUUCUGGCAGCUUCUUUGACUUUCGUGGUUCUCGCGGCAAUGAGAACUCGGGAGAGAAAUACGCAGGCUACCUGUUCAUGGUAUUGUUCGGACUGGUUCUAUUUAUCAUCUUGCGUGGCCUUUACAAUGCCUGGCGCAAUGACACGCCACGAAGAAGACCACGAGGAGGCGGUGGGUUUGGUGGAGGUGGAGACGACAAUGAUCCUCCACCUCCCUACGAUCCGCGGCCACCUCCACGACCGAAAAAGGCGACCUGGUCAUCAGGUUCAGGUUCAGGUUCAGGUUCAAGAUCAGGACAUCCGAGUGCUGGAAACCAGGAACAAGGCUGGCGUCCUGGAUUCUGGACCGGUACGGCUGCUGGAGCUGCUGCGGGAUAUUUCGCUGGGAGAGGUGCGCGCACACAGCCUGAGCCGCCACAGCCCCGGCCGGCGUUCGGUGGAUGGUUCGGAGGCGGCGGAGGAGGAGGAGGCGGUGGCUACGAAGCGCCCACCAGACCCCGACCGUCUUCAUCAAGGACUACAAGUUCGCCCAGCUCGAGCUAUUCGAGCACGAGACAUCAAAGCACUGGAUUUGGAGGGACCAGCCGUCGGUAA